GUGACAUGGACUUGUCAAGCCACACGCUGAUAGGGCAGUCCCUGUCAAAACAAAAUAGGGAGGGGGAGUUUAGACGCGUCGGUCAGUCGCAGUGAGAGUUGCUUGUGUCUCUGUAGCAGAGCAGAUGUUUUUAACCGUUUGUCGAUUCUCGUCGUCGUGAGUCGGAUUUGAGUGUGCGACUGUGCGUUGCCAAUGGAUGCAAUUUUUUAUUAUUUAUUGGAAAACGAGAGAGUGGUUUGUCAGAAAUAGAACGCUGCGAAGAGAGUGCUUGAUUUGAAAGUCGUUUCUGUGUGUGUUUCGAUAAAACUGACUCAGAAUGACGGACGGUGACGAACAGGUGAUGAUGACACCAAAAUGCAAGACGGCGACUUCGACCACUCUGAUCAUCGAAAGGCGGAAGGUGAAUAAAGCAAAUGACAAGAUGCAUGUUGCGGGAGGGGAACAUACAGGAAUCAUCAUCAAUAAGGAGACAGCUACAGAGAAUGGAGAAACGUCGCCCCCUCAACUAUCCUUGGAAUUCAGAGUGUUCCUGGUAAACAAAGAAACUGGCAAACACACGCAGGAGUCGAGAACGUUGAUGUUCUGGUUCAGAGACUCUACCCUUAUUCCAAAUGGUACUACAAACGGUGGCGCUAAAGACGAAACGGACGCAGAUAUGCAGGCAACCACAGCACAAGACUUCUUCAGGGAGUUGGUUAGCCCCCAGGAGUUUCCCAGAGAUUAUGUGGGAUUCAUCAAAAAGAUUAUGAAGUUAAUGCAGCACAAUUACAAAAACAUAGUUAAAUUAGAAGUUGAGCUCAAACAACUACGAGAACCUGUAGAGGUGCCAUCUAGACCACCUCGACCUGGUUUCCGUUAUAUCGAACUAGAUCAAUUUUUUGUUUCAGCGGAAGAAACUUCCUUAGGAAAUAUAGUGAUACUUACUGUAGAAAAAGUAUUAGAAAUAAUAGAAUCAUCAUAUCCUAAUCCUGUGACAAUCAAAGAUAUUGCGGCCGAAAAUGGUUGGGACGAAGAGGAAGUCGCCCAGUGCCUCUCCGCGCUUCAAUCUCGCAACCUCGUCAAGGCGAUGGAACAUGGUGCGUUCACCAGACAACAGUCCCAACAUGACACUCACAGGGUGACAGUCGUGAAACAAAUGCCCGCCGUUGCCGGUUCAAAGCAACCUACGAUAGCGAUAAUCACGGCGCAGUAUGCUGAGAAGUUGGCUGUAGACGCCAUGAUGGAGGACAAAGAAACUUUCGUUAGAUACACCACUGUCGGUCCGACGAGUCCGACAGGAGAUAGUGGAAAAGCCCGUUUUGGUGAAUCCAACGUCUACACGCUCGGCACUAUCGGUGCGCAUCGCAUAGUCUCCACGAAACUGCCUGCGGUUGGUCACACCAGAGAGGCGACCACUGCUGCCGGGAAUACUACCACCAGGCUGCUGGGUACCUUCCAGAAGGUGGAGCACGUUUUCCUGGUGGGCGUCGGUGGUGGAGUUCCGCACUACACCGAUUAUAAUAAACAUGUCAGACUCGGAGACGUCGUGGUGUCCUAUCCUGGGAAAGAUAAGAGUGUUUAUAUCUACUGUGAAAACGCCAUAUGCAAAGAUAAAGGCUUCGAGUUCGAGACCAAAUCGUACAAACCUUCCAACCUCAUCCUACAAGAAAUCGCACAACAGCUCAAAGCUGCCGCGGACAGUGAUCCUACGGCCACUCCGCCGUGGAUGAACUAUUUGAGAGAUGGAUUGAACACAUUAAGCGCCCAAACUGAACCCGACUUCAGGCCUCCAAGUUCCGAGACUGAUAAACUGUACAUGAGCAUUGGAGAAAGAGAUUUGAUUGAAGUCGCACAUCCUACGCCCCAAGAUAGCUCUGUUAAAAGGCUAGAAGGCUGCCCCCGAAUCCACCUGUCACCAGUAGCUAGCGGCCGGCAAGUAGUUAGAGACGACCGUCUCCGUCAGCAGUUCGCCUCCAAGGCGGGCGCGCUAGCCUUCGAUUGCGAAGUGGACCCAGUGAUCGAAUCCAUCCUGGGAAACUGCAAGGAAAGCUUCGUGUGCGUGAGAGGCAUCGCAGAUUACAAAGAUGGCACCAGGAGGAAAGAAUGGCAACCGUAUGCGGCACUCGCGGCGGCUAGCGUCAUGAAGGCGGUCGUUUGCGGGAUGGAACCGCCCACCAACGUUUAAAAUCCUUCUAGUAAACAAACAAUAUAACACAUGAAAUAUGAUUCUAGAUUCACGCAUGUACAGAGUGAAGAGUGAAGUUGCCCCCUUUGGAAUUCUUGUACCACCUGAAUAUAGUCGUACGAUGAGGACAAUCGUUCUUUAAUACAAGCAUUGGUCUAUGAUUAAGCCACGCCUAAAUUAAUACCGUAAAACUGCCCUUAUUCCACUACGCGAGUACGAUGCCAUUGUCCGCACUUUACACCGUCAACACGAAUGAACAUCUAAAUCAACAUACAUGCUGCUGGCGGCUACUAUGCACUCAUGGACACGUCUCAACAGGCAGUAACAUGCGGCCUUUUAUAGUACCCUUUGCACUUUGAACUUCGAAACUUUCUAAGCGGCAUUUUGUUGAUUACCUAAAUAGGCAACUUUGCCCCCAUUUAAGCGACCUAUCUCUUGCAGUUUCCAAUGGUGAGGGUCGAAUUUGACACACUUUGUUUAAAUGGCCGCAUGUAAAAGAAAUGUAUUCAGAGUGUCCGGUAAAUAGUACGACAAAAAAAUAGGGACGAUAUGAUUUCACUGUUUAUGAGAUAUUUUUUUGUCUCUCUUUUUUAAUCUAUCUUUUGUUCCUGUGCCUAGACAUAACAGGAUAUCUGUUUGUUUUUUUUUUGCAAAAUAUUCUCAGAUAGUUGGUCUGCCUUUUGAAAUAUCAUUUUCGAUAAAUACAAGUAGGUAAACAGCAAUGAAAUAAAAAUGUACUAGACUGCUACUGCAAAGUAUUGCGCUAAAUUACCUGCUUAAUCAGCAACAAAAGGUGGAUCAAACGAGGAAAUUUUUCGAAAAAGACAAAAUAAAAAUGAAUAUCUCAGAAACAGUGAAACUUUUACUAGGGGCAUUUUUUGGUAUGUUGUAGAUCUGCGUUUCGCCUGUCUUCCCCAUUUUUCUGUCGUACUAUUUACCGGUCACCCUGUUUAUUUGCAUAUUAAAGAUAAAAUUUGAUAUGUUUAGGUUCCAAUCUUCAACAUAGCGAGUUGACCACUUUACUAAUAGAGGUUGUCCAUUAUAUUCAUUUUUACCCACAUAUGUUUCCAUAGUUCCUUUAGUUGGUGCCCAAGAAUAUAGUGAUACUGGUAAUAUUAUGCACAAUAAUAAUGUAAAAUAUUGACGAUAGCUGUUUAAUAUAUGAAUCACUGCAUUAGUAGAAUAUUUCUCAGACAAUUCGAAAUUAGCCAAUGGCAGUCUCUGAACUAAAUGUGUGAUGUAAUGAAUCCAUUCCAUAUCUACAAAAAUAUACUUGAAUCUAUAUAUGAACAUAUAGAACUAUUUAAAUAAUAUUUGGGACACUACAGGAAGUACAGGGUAUUCUGUCCAAAAGUUGUUGCAUGAGCUGUUAUAUAUACCCUGUUAUAUUUUAUUUCUUCAGGAAUUCCAGUGAACAUAGUGACAUCAUAAUGUUGAAAUUAUCAGGGCACUACUUAUGUACGUCGACCAACAAAAAUGACGUAGAAAUUACGUCAUAAUGCGGGUCUAAUGCCACACCCAAAUGACGUCGGGUAUGUCGUAUAAAAGACCAAAUACAAAGUCGGAAUGACGUACAGUCGCUCGCAAAAAUAAUCGCGCGGUGUAUCCAAAUGUUCCUGAAAAAUUUAGAUUGUGACAACGACGCCCCACAAGCAGUCAGUUCAGGAGUGAUAUAAAGGCGCCGAAACUCAUAUUCUACAGUAUGUCCAGUGAGAAAGUUCACAUUUUGAUUUAAGAAAAAAAACAUAAAUUCAAUGGAAAGAACAUAUUUAUUACUAUAAAUAUAUUCGUAAAUUCGGCGGUUUUUAUUUUUUAAACAUAGUCCCGUCCAAAUGCUUGCCACCCCUUCGGACACACUCUUCUAAUCUUGCAGAGUUCCGGAGAGAUAUUCUUUAUUUCUCGUCGAAUGUUGUCUUUAUGCUUCCUGUGUCCGUGGAUUAUUGGAAUACACUUUUGACUUUAAAUAACCCCUCAAAAAAUUAUCGCAUGGCGUGAGGUCGGGUGACCUAGGAGGCCAGUAAAUGUCUGCAAACUUUGAUAUAACUUUUUAAGGAAAAAGUGUUUUCACCGUGUCCAUGCAUUCUCUGGAAGUAUGGGCAGUGGCCCCAUCCUGUUGAAAGCAUGUGUUUCUGUUAAAUCGACGUUUUGUUCUUACAAUAGGAGCAAAAAGUGUCAAUCAUGUGCUUGUAUAGCUUGGAAUUGACUGUCAAUGCAUGACUGUUUUCAUCUUCAAAGCCAUACGGCCCAGUAUUACCGCUAGAGGAUAUGGAGUACCAAAUAGUCACCUUUGGACUAUAUAGCUGUUGUUGAUGUUUCUAUUUUGGAUUCUUUGGUACCCAAUAUCUGCAAUUUUGCUUGUUCACAUAACCGUCUAAGUUAAAAUGGGCCUCGUCACUGAAAACAACGUGCUCGAGUCUACGGUGCGUAGGAAGAAGAUUCAACAUCCGUUCAGCACACGAUUUCCGUAAUACUUUCCUUUAAAGCAUGGACUAAUUAGAUUUUAUAAGGAUGAAAACCCUUUUGUUUUUUCUUCAUUAUGCCAUGAGUGUUGACCUAGAGAUUCCCAAAGCAGCGGAAUGUUUCCAUACAGAACGCCGAGGAUUUGCAAUGACCUUACUCGACGCACAUUUUCUUUGGUUGAUACAGUAGGUGCGGGGCCAGGAAUGGGUUGACUAGGAGUAGAUCCUGUUUCACGGAACUUCUUGAUCCUUUUUCAAUAGGUUCUUACUUGGGCAUCUCUUGGUCGGCGAAUGUUGUAUCGUGUACAGAAUAUCCGAAGGGCAGCUGCGAAUGCAUCACAGCUCUUAAAGUAAGCCUCAAUAGCAAAAGCACGUUCCAUUGUGACUAUUUAACUCGCACGCCGAACCCGAACGUGUCGAUCAAGACCUCUCCCCACUCCGCAAUUUUUUAGGAGCAUUAUUUGUACAAAGUGUAUCGAAGUGGUUAUUGAAGAACUAAAAAAUACUGUUUGAUCUAACAAACGUUCCAGUCCUCCAAUGCUUCAGAAUUUGCUUGUAGCAGUUUAUAAAAAUCGCUUUGCUUUUCCACAGGAGGCCAAAACAGUUCUUGUUUUCUGGGUGUCACUCAAGCUUUAUUGACUAUGUGGCGAUAUUAUCGUCCCUACUAAAUUGUACCACAAUGUAGGUUAAAGAUGAUGAAGCAAUCGUGAUGUUGGUCAAACCCAUGGAUUUAUAAAACAAAAUGCCUGAACUGCCAAACCGCGAACACGCAUGAAGCAUCGUACGAGCUCGCCGCCAAGCAACAAUCGUGCUUCUUCGGCUAAAUGAUAUACCGUUCCAAAAUUUGAUUUUUCAUCGGGCUCAAGUACAAAUAAUAUUCUAGUAAAACUUGUUUAUUGCUAUACAGGGUGUCCGCAAAGUUGGGGUUUUCCUUUUCAGAAACAACUAUCCUUGAAAUAACAAAGGUAAUGUGUAGUGAAACGAGGGCGACCAAGUAAAAAAAAAAUAAAGGAAAAAGUACUCACUCUCCAGUUGACGAGAAGGGCUAAGUACGUCUCCGCCCGAAAUCAUACCGCUCCAACAGAAAAUGAAAUCAGCUGAAGCGCUACCGAGCAGACGCAGAAACCACAUUGAUUGUCUUACACUUAAUGGCACAUCUUCUAACAAGGAAGGCAAAAUGUUGCGUAAAAGUCUAGGUAUUGCAUCCCGUUCACCAUGCCAGCCCAAACAUUCACCGAAAAUGUUUGUUGAAAAUGUGCCCGACGGACAGCGUGCGGAUUUUCUACUGACCAAAUAUAAGUGUUGCGAAAGUUAUUCACCCAAUUACGCGUGAAUGUAGAUUCGUCUGUCACCAAUAUGCACUUCAAAAAGUCCGGUUUAUUGUCAUGUUGAUGCAACAACCAUUCACAAAACCGCACUCUUGCUGGAAAAUCAUCAGGUUGAAGGGCUUGUACACGUUGGACGUGAAACGGAUACAGCCCCUCUUCACGCAGCGUUUGCCACACUUUAGUUUUUGAUACUUGCACUUCUCUAGCCACGUCUCUAGUGCUUGUUGAGGGAUUCUCGUCUACGCGAUUACCUCUUGAUGCGUGACCGUAACCGUCUGUUGAAGGUUGCAUACUGACCUGACACACUGACCCCGACCCAGUUCUGCCGUCGGGUUGAGACCUUGUACCAAUCGGUGAUGUCCCGGGUCGCGGCUACAGGACGGUAUUCAGAUAUUUUUGAUGUUGCAGAGCUCUUUAUCUCGGUUCCCUUAAGACAUUGGUGUAUCUGGAACUAAGAAAAAUUGCUUAUGUUUUCAAGAUCUACACGUCGUGUAAAGGAAAACCCCAACUUUGCGGACACCCUGUAUAGAGGAGUGAUUUACGGGAAUAAACCAUGAUGCAAAAUGAAAAUUUGAAAUACCUGAACAUGGAAAAUUAUUAUUAGAAAGGUCAUAUUAACAAGAUAUUUUUGGUCGAGAAUUUCUGAUACAUUUUUAUAAAUAACGAUAAAGUAGUUGUGUAUUUGGAUAUAUACAGGGUGACCGCGACAUGUAACUGACUGGUUUGUAUCUUGAAUAUUUGUGAAAUAAAAUAAAAUACGUCAAUUUUUUUAUCUUAAUCUUUUGUUGAAACUUAUGAAUUCUGUAUGAAAAAUGAAAUCAGACAAAUGUCCGCCUCUAGAAGCCGCGCAAACUUGAGAUCUCUUGAUUACAUUUUCCAUCACUGUUUGGUAGGUUUCGGGAAUAAUGUUUUCAAUCGCUUCCGGAAUAUCGUUCUUCAGCUUCAGUAUUUCAUUUGUUGGCAUAAACAGUAUUUUUCAAAAAUCCCCAUAAAAAAGUCAGGUCAGUCGUAUAAACACCGCACCAAAUUGUGACUCGACGAGGAUAUAGUGGCCGUUAAUGAAUGACACGAGGGUUCUCUAAUUGCCUAGAAGUGGAUUUCAUCAAUCAUUAUCAGUUUUCGGUAAAAAUCGUUAUUUUGGGUAUUUAGCUGCAAUAUUGUAGUACUAUAUUGUCGGCAACUUUCAUGGCCACUAGGCUGCAGUUCUUGUGUCAACUGAAUUUUGUAAGGCCGCAAAUGCAAGUCUUUUUUAAAAUAGUGCAUAAUGACGUGCGACGAAUACCCAGUUCUUGAGAACGAUGUCUGGUAGACGUCUCAGGGCGUUCCACUACACCUUCACGAACUAUCUCGAUAUUUUCCUCAUUAUUCAAGUAAAACAUUUUAACAAUACGGACGCGUUGUGGGAUCGUGUAGCGCUCCAUGAUGAAUUCGACACGUGUGCUUUAAACAACCACUACGCUGCCACCUACUGAAAUGCGUGUAUCAAAAAUGGCGCGCAAUUUAAAUCAGUCAGUUAUAUAUUGGCCACCCUGCAGUUUACCUUACUGUUCAUUGAAAGUCUAUAUUUUCUUUGUAGGUAAGUGUUGAUUUUUCAGUACUGAUUGUCCUAAAAAAGACGUCAAAAAGACAGCCUUAAAGGGCGUUUUGUCGUCAUAGAAAUAGCGCUAUUUUGGCGUCACCAUGUUCACUGGGAACAGUUCAAUUUUUUAUCAUGUUGAUGGUAGAACUGUUACAGCAAGAGUCAUAAACAUAUACUUUUAUAUGAUUUUAAUAAUUACUGAGAUAUUUAUCUUACUAGAACACUCAUUGAAACAUUUUCAUCUGGCUUAUUUAAACAACGAUAGGGCCCGGUCCUUUCAAGAAAUUACAAUGAAUCUUUACUGCCAAUUUUCCUCUAACAUACCAAAGUGUAGACGUAAAUCGCAUAUAUGUAUAUUUAGAAAACAUAAUAUGAUUUUGUAGUUAUAUAGCAGACAUAUGGAUUAGAUGAACAUUUAGACGUGAAAUAAUUAUCCAAAUUCCUAAGAAUCGAUUUUCGUGGUGUUUGUCCAUUAUCGCAAUUGAUAGGACAGCGCUAGGUACUAAAUAAAUUAUUAACUAAAUAAAUGUCUUCUCCUAAUAAUGAUGUGAUUGAGGUGAGCAGACGUUAUAUAAAUUAGAAAAAUAUCCACCCCAAAUGCAACAUCGAAAUUUUCUAAUCAAAAUAGGUAUUGUCUAAAAUCAAAGUGUGAAUGUCUAUCCAGAGUUGAAUGUUAAAAUUUUACGAAAGUUACCGGACAUAGUGAUUUAUGAAAAUCUCAAAUUUUGACUAAGACUAUAUGUAAGGAACUAUACGAUUCGUCGUUAUUUGGAUUUACUUUAGAUCAUUGAAUAGCAUGCAUUUCACGUAUAAUUCCAUUUUUUACUUGCCAUAUAACCUUCCAAGUUUUAGUUGUAUGAACUUUUUAUGGUGUAGAGAUUUCUUUUUGUAUAGUUACAGAUUAGAGUUAUUUAAUUUAUUUAGAUUUUAAAUUUGCAGAG